AUGGGAACAAGACAGAAGCAUUGGAUUUUGAGAUCAGUGGAUCCCUCAUGUCCUGGGUUGAAGAUUGCCCCUGGGGAGAUAGCUGCAGUCUUGAUUAACAGAGUUCAACGCAACGUGGCACAGCUCAUUAGACGCCACAUCGCCAGGAUUUGUGCACAUCAUGCACCAUUCCCAGAGGCUGAUGCUUCGGAGCCUGGCGAUGAUCCCGCGGCAGGCCAACCAGUGUCCACUGAAGGACUUGUACCGGCCACCCCAAAGGAUCUUCAGACUAUAAUGAUGACUCUAGGUGAUGUUCUGGUCGUUAAAGAGAUCUGCGGUAACUCUAAAGUUUUACGGGCUGAAGAUUGGUCGCUUGAGGAAAUCGCUGAUUUCAUGUCCUGGUGUAAAACACGGUUCGAUCAGGGCGUGCUGCCGGAGGUCGUCAGGGGAUUUUCUGACCGUGUAUGCGACCAUCUCGGGGAUGUGUCAAAUCGCGAUAUUGUUCGUUUCGCCAGCGCUGUUGGUGAUAACAGCAAAUGUGUGGAUGAGUUCUGGAUGUAUAUAAUGGCCAAACGGAUUCAGGAUGACCCUUCAGUGUUCGGGACUACUGAACUAGUGAGCCUGAUAGUGAGCUUCACUCACCGUUCUCUGGAGGAUGACGAUCUCUAUGCGAGUUUGACCAAGGAGGUCGGACUCAGAUUCACAGAAUUGACGAAUCGGCAAUAUGGUGAAAUUAUAACCGGAUUGGCCAGCGUGCGGUAUCGAGACGAGGAGCUCUGCGGGCGCAUCCUCGACGCGGUGAUUGACAACAUCCAUGCAGUUCCGCAGGAGAUUUUAGCACAGAUAUUGGGAGCGAUGAGUACGCUUGACAUGAAGGAGGAUCGCUGGACCAUUCCCAUGUGGCGACGAUUGGAUUCGGCUGCAUCGGAUGUCGCCGACCGCGGGCUGGAGCGACUACAGAUUUGCGAAGCGUACAGUGACUACUUCGCCAUUUUGCAAGCUUGUGCUCAUCUACCCCAUGCAGGCAGUGGUUUGUACCUCGAUAGUCUUGUGCGGAGUCUCCUUGGGAAACGAACGACUAAGGCCCUCAAGAGGAGAUUGAUCCAAAUGGUCCAAUGUUACCAGUACGGCAUGGUUAAAGUGGAGCUGCCAGUCAUAUCCGAUGUUGCUGGUCUGCUUAUGUCCGAUGACAGUUUUGAUGCGAUGUAUUUUCCGGUAUCCAGUGGCUUUCACUUGGAAGUGGCGGCCAUUCUACGGUUGAUGGGCUGCCAUUAUGAGAUAGAAGAUAAGGUCAUGCCAUUCAUAUUAGAUGUCACAAUAACUGCAGAUGAGGCAGCACGGAUCAACUCAGAGGAGGCUGCUCGUGAUGGGAUUGAGAGAGAAGAGCGAGCUAAUCGCGUGGUGGAGUGGUUAAAGGCUCAAAAUCACGAUAAUAACAGCUCGUGA